UUCAAUAUCCUUCAUGUAGCUGCACGUUAUGGCCAUAUUGGCCUAGCGAAGUUCAUACUGCAGCAGUCAUUAAUUGACGACAUAGAUUGUCGAGCUCAUAGUCAGGAUACUGCACUUGUCUUCGCAGCCUUUUACCAUUAUCCAUCUUCUGCCGAGAUUGUACGACUACUUUUAUCAGCAGGUGCAGACGUUGAUGCUCCAGGACAACGUAACAAACGCCCAAUACACUGGGCAGCCGAUGUAGGUAACAUCGAGGUCAUAAAAGUGCUUCUUGAACACCAUUGUUCGCUCGUACCCGACGAUACUGGAAUGACGCCACAAUGGAGAGCCUUGAAAUAUGGU